AUGCCUGGAGGCUGGUGGCCGGGCGAGGCCGACCCGGGCAUCGAGCUACGCACAGUGUCACCGCCGCCCAGGCCGGAAGUCCGCGACGUGGACGACGGGGAGACUUCCGACACGCCGGCCGAGGCGGCGGAUCCGUGCGACAGCCGGCCCACCGAGCACCACGGCCCGAGCAUUCCCCCAACAGACCCGGCCCCCCGGGGGAUCCUCAAGCGCGCGGCGCCCGGGUCGCUGGCCUCCUCGGAGGGCCUCCCCUGGGCCGGGCCCGGGAUGCCGGCGUUCGCGGCCGAGUCGCACGGCUCGCACGGGGACCCGCAUGGGAACCGGCCCAGGGACCGGCAGGGCGAUCGCCAGGGCAGCCUCGCCAGCGCCUCCAGCGACCAUGUGGCCGGGGCAUCGAGCGAGGCGGUGGCCAGCGCGUCGAGUGGCACGCUGGCCGGCGGCCGGCCGGCCGGGCUGGACCACCGCAUCGCCUCCAUCUUCACCUGGGUGGCGGACACCUUCAGCCUGCAUGACUUCAUCGAGAUCGAGCAUGUCCCGGUGGAGGAUUUCCCCUUCGCGGGGCUGGCGGCCGCCGGGUCCAGCUCCGGGUCCGAAUCCGGCUGGGCCCCGGGGCCGCAGUCGCCGGCCAGCGAGGUCGACGCGUAUGCCCGGUCGCCGGGGCAUGUGGCCCCGGUGCCCGGGGACCUCCGCCGGGGGUCCAUGCAGCAGCCGCCGCGGCCGCCGCUGGCCGCCGGCCGUGCGGCGGCCCACCACAACCGGCGGUCCUCCACCCCCUCGACGGUGCCGCACCUGGAGGGCCGGCGGUACUCGCUGUCGGCCGGGGGCCGGCAUGACCGCCAGGCCCCGGGGCCCGGGGCCACGAUGGUGGUGGCCGGGCCGCCGGCCACGCCGGACCGCUCGACCUCGCCGGCCCCCGGGCUGACGGUCCUCUCGGCCACGGCCCCGGGCGGGCGUCUUGCCACCGCCGGCAGCCUGCUGGCCGGGCCGGCCAGCGGGGUGGCCGCCCCCGGGCCGCUGCUCACGGUGCGGCCCUACUCCCCGGUGCGUGUGCAGCGGGCCGGCCCGCGGCAUGCGCCCUUCAUCGGCGAGGCGGAGUUCCGCAUGCCGUCGACAUUGGCCCCACUGGCCCGGCCGGCCCUCAGUGCCAGUGUCCUGUCCAUGGCCGGUGGCGAGGGGGCCUCCCCGCCGCCGGGGGCCUAUUGGCCGGGGGGGUCCCCGUCACCGAGGCCGGCGCCGGCGGAUGGCGGCCCGUCGGCCCUGGGCAUGGGCCACGGGUCGGCGGUUUCCUCGCCAGCAUUGUCGCCGUCCUCAUCGAGCCCGGGCGCGGUGUGCUCCUCGGCCUCCUCCUGCUCUUCCUCGGCCUCGGCCUCCUCCUCCUCCUCCUCCUCCUCCUCCUCCUCCUCCUCCUCCUCCUCGGCCUUGGGCUCCCUGCCGAGCCCAUCGUCGAUGGAGGCCUCUUCCGCGGGGUCCGGCCGGUCGGCCUGGGCGUCGGGCGAGCUGCACCCGGCGCCGGGGGUCCCGCUGCCGGCGGCCACCCGGCCGCGCAUCCGCAUCCGCCUGAGCCGGCGCCCGGAGGGGGACCUGGCCGAUCCGUACCUCCGGCCGCCGACCGUGCAUGGGCCCGGGUCCGCGGCCCACGGGCCGACCUCCGGCGUCCGGGCCCUGCGGUCCAGCCACCUUCGCUUGGCCAGUCGGUCGGGGUCCUACGCCGGGUCGUGCGACUCGGCGGUCCUGGUGGUGACGCCGGUGGACCUGUUCUUCCUCGGGCGCAAGUGGCAGUCCCCCGGGGACAAGCGCCGGGAGCGGCGUCUCGUCCGGCAGCUGGACACGUCGCGCCCGGCGCGACUCGUCGCCCGGCCGGGCCAGGCCACCCCGGCCGCCGUCGACACCACCCCCCCGGAUGUGACGCGCGACCUGGCGGACGGGUUGCCGGCCGUGCCGAGCCUGGCCGCCACCCCUGGCGGGCCUGCCGACCGGGUUCCCUCCCUGGCGGCGGAUGCCGCCCCCUUGCCCGGGCCUGCUGCCACCAUUACGGCGAUCCCGGUGGCCGAUCGGCGGGGGUUCUCCGCCGGCGCCGGCGGCUUGACCAUCCACACGGCCGGGUCGCCGAGCACCGCCGGCCCGGCCAGCCCCCUGGCCAUGCGCACGCUCACCGGCACGACCACCUCGGCCGACUCGGCCCCGGUGUCGCCGGUCAACCCGGACAUUGACAUCGCCUCCUUUUUCGGCACCUGGAGCCCGGGGGACCUGGACCCCGAUGAGGAAGAGGAGGAGGAGGAGGACGACGACGACGAGGAAGACGACGAGGAGGAUGACGAGGAGGACGGCGAGGAGGAUGACGCUGACCCGAGCGGCCCCCUGGGCGCCGGGAGCAUCACACCCCCGACCGAUGGCGGCUCCACCUCACUUGCCUCGCCCUCGUCGGCCCCGCAGUCGGCGGCCGAGCAGGGCGCCGGGGUGGUCGCCGCCCCGCCGCCAGCUGCAUUGCGCGUGCGCUCUCCCCGCCUGGCUCCCGCCCGGACGCGGGUGAGCCAUCCGCAGUUUGCGGCCGGGCCAUUGCCCGGCGGCCCGACGGACCGGCCGGCACCGAGCCUGGUGGCCGGGGCCCGCGCGGCGGCGCUACUCGGCGCCCGGCGAUCCUCCUGGGCGCCCGUGCUGCUGGACAUGAAUGCGCGCAAUGCCCGCGGGGGCAUUCACAACAAGGAUUCCUGGGCACCACGGGCGGCCGGCGGGGGCCCGGUUACGGCGGCCCCGGCGCCGGGCUUCGGCCCGAAUGACCUGGCCGCCUCGUCGUCGCGCGGGGGCCUCGCCUCGUCGGGCGGGCCUUCGCCCCAGCCCGGCGGGCUGGCGGGGUCCGUGGGCGACGGCCCGGCCGGGCCCGGGCUGCUGGACGCCAGCUCCUCGGGGGAUGCCCUGCCGGGGCCCGGGUCCGGGGGUCCUUCGCCCAGUCGGUUUUCCUGGCGCGGGCGUCCGGCAUCGAUGGUCGGGCGCCCGGUCGAGGGGGCGGACGCCCAGCGGCCCGGUCGGGGGACCGGCGGCCCGGCCUCCGCCGGCACGGUGCCCGGCCCCGGGCGAGCCGCCCUCGGGCCGACCCGGCGGCGGUCCACCAUCACGUCGGUCUUUCGCCGGCCGCGCACGCGCUCCGGCUCGGACUCCGACCAGUCGGUGGAUGUGGGUGCUUCUGGCGACCUGCGAUCCUGGCAUGCCUCCUCGUCGCCCUCGCCGAGCGGGUCCUUCGGGUCUUCCUCCGGGGCGUCGGCCGUGGAGGAUGCCGAGGGGGCCGGGCUCCGGGUGCGGCCGAGCUCCCCGCCGCCGCCGCCGGCGCCGCCGCCGCCGGCGGGCCCGGAGGCGGCCGACUUGCCCGAAGCCUCGGCCCCGGAUGCGGCGCCCGGCAUGGGGCUCGCCCCCGGGGCCGGUGCCGUGGCCGGCGUGGCGGCGAUCACCAUGGCCGAGGGCACGGCCGCGACACCCGCCCUGCAGGCGGCCGCCUCCCCGGGGCCGGCCGGGCCCGUUGUGGUGGUGGCCCCGAGCGCCGACCCGGGCCGGGUCGAUGGCAUCGGCGCCACGGUGGCCGGGCCCCCCUCCCCGAGCCAGGCUCCCGGGGCCCUCCGACGGAAUACCUACUCCACGUCGGCCCCGUCGUCGGGGCUGUCCUCGGCGAGCCUCUCGCUGCCGGGGUUCCGCCGGCAGCGCUCCGACCAGUCGGUGGCUUCCUCCAUGGCCGAGGGGCCGGCGUCGUCCGGCCGGCGGCCCGGCACCCGGCGGCGCUCCCAAGCCAAGGACAUGUCCCCCUCCAGCCGGCCGUCCAUCGCGGCCGUGGUCAUUUGGGUGAAUGCCCUGCUGAUCACCAUCGGCGUGGCGGUCAUCGUCACCGUGGCCCUGGUCGGCUCCAGCCGCGAGACCACCUCCACCAUCCGCUCGCUGGCCAACCAGCUGGCCAGCCGGGCCCAGAUCAAUCUGGACCUGGCGCUUGACAAUGCCGAGGCCCUGAGCUCCGUGCACUUGCCCUACUUCCUGCACUUUGGCCACACGCCGGCCGACUGCCAGCGUGCCUCGCGACCGCUGCUCUACUCCAUGCAGCAUGAGUCCCUGCUGGUCAGCAUGGUCCACCUGUCGGACGGGCUGGGGAGUUUCUGCGGCGCCUCGCGCGCUGGCACCUCGCCCAAAGACGACCUCGGGGUCCGAGUCACCCGCAUGCAGCCUCCGGCCGGGGACCCCACCGGCCCGGCCACCAUGCAGCUGCAGGAGUUCCUCCACCAUCCGGAAGCGUGCUCCCUGUCGGACUUCUCCUGCCCGGUGUUCGACUACCCGCCGCCGCUCGGGCGGGGCCCGGAGUUCUCCCGCUCGUAUGACCCCCGCACGCGGAGCUGGUUUCAGGCGGCUGCCGCCACCACCGGGCCCGUGUGGUCGGAUAUCUACCUCUACUCGUCGUACCACCGCCUGGGAUUCACGACCGCCCUCCGGGCGGUGCCCCUCGACAGUGCGGCACCCAGGCCGGCCAAUCACCCGGUCAUCAUGUCGACGGACGUUUCGCUGGCCGAGUUGUCCACCUCCCUGCGCAAGCUCCUGACCGAGGUCCAAAGCCAAGGGGACAUGGCCUCCUUGGGGGUCGUGUCGAAUGGCGCACACCUGACCCGACGCUCGGCCCUGACCCGGAUGGCCGAUGCGCUAGACCGGCUGUGGCCUGGCCGUCGGGCCGGCGCUGCCACCGCCUCGCCCACAACCGGGGAUCUCGGCGCGCCGACACUCUUGCUCCUGGAUGCGAAGGGCUUCCUGGUCGGGGUGGCCUUGAGCGAGAGCCACCUCGAGAGCGCGGUCUCCGGAUCGGGCUCCGGCGAGCAGGUAAAGCUGGUCAAGACCCCGGCCGAAGGCUGCACGCACACUUGCUCGGUUCGUGACUGUUGCAUGGUGCACUCGCAGGACAGCGACAAUGCGCACAUUCGCCUGAUUGCGUCGUACCUGGUCGCCCGUGGUGUCAUCCCCCCGGCGCCGACCGGCGCCCUGUCUGUGCCCGGCGCCCCGGAUGCCGCUGCCAACGAUGUCUCCUCCUCGCGGACCAGCCGUGUGACCUACUUCGAACCGGACGACCGGCUGUCCAUCGCCCACCUGCAGUAUCACCGCGGCUCGAACCUCCGGUGGCGCAUCGUGGCGGCCUUCGACCGGCAGCAGCUGACCCUGGCCCUGGCCCGGCGCUAUGGCACCAUCGUCUCGGUGGUGGCGGUGCUGCUGCUGCUGCUGUCGGUCUUCUUGUCGAUCCUGCUGAAUCGCUUCCUGACCAACCCCCUGCUGGCGGUGAUCCGGCACCUAGAGGAGGUGGCCGCAUUGCAGGAAAGCCCGCAGGUGGUCAAGCGGCGCUUCCGCCGGUUCUCCUUCUUCCCCACCUUCCGGUCGCUGUUCUCCUCCUCCGAGAAGAUAGACGUGUCGCCCUCUGACGCCAGCCUCGCCACCGUUGGUCAGCCACGCCGGGCAGGCGGCUCCUCGUCACUGGUAUCCUCCAGCCGGCUGGAGAUCGAGGAGGUCAAUGAGAUCCGCGACGCCCUCCUGUCCUUGCGCGUCGGGUUGAUUUCCUUCCUUCGGUAUGCCCCGCGGCAGGUGGUCACGCUGUUGGUCCGGGAAAACCGCCGGCCCAUCCUCGGCGUCGAUCCCACCGAGGUGACGGUCAUGUUCUCGGACAUCGCCAACUUCGCCGACCUGACGCAGGCCUUCGAUGAUGCCCAUGUGGUGGAGCUUCUCCAGCGCUACCUCUCCUCCACCAUGAGCGUGGUCGUGGCCAAUGAGGGGCUCAUCGACAAGUUCAUGACCGACGCGCUGAUGGCCUUCUGGAAUGCCCCGGAGCCGUAUCCCUACCCGGAUGGGCAUGCGGCGGCCGCCUGCCGCGCCGCCCUCGAGGCCCUGAGCAAGAUGGAGGCCGCCCGGGCCGACUGGGCGCUGGCCGGCCUGCCGCAUGUGCAGGCGCGCUUCGGCCUGCACACCGGCAUCUGCCUGGUGGGCAAUCUCGGCUCGCGGAAUCGGCUGAGCUUCACAUGCAUCGGGGACAAUGUGAAUCUGGCGUCCCGGCUGGAGGGCCUCAACCGGGUGUACGGCACAUCCAUCGUCCUGUCCGGGGCCACUCGGGCCCAAGUGCAGGGGUCCUUCGUGACUCGGGUGCUGGAUAAUGUCACGGUCAAGGGCAAGGCCCAGCCGGUGACCGUGUGCGAGCUGAUCGGCCACAAUGACGUGGUCAGUGCCAAUGUGGCGGCCAGCAUGCGCUCCUUCGACCAGGCCCUUCAGCUGAUGACCCAGCGGCGCUUCGCCCAGGCGGCCGUCUUGCUGGAGGCCUUCCAGGCCCAGUACCCGGGGGAUUUGGCCUGCCAGGAGCACCUGGCCCUGGCCCGGCGCCUGGCCGCCGACCCGCCCCCCGACGAGUGGGUCUUCCUCCGGAAGAUGGACACCAAGUAGCGAAGUGCCGCCUCGGUGGCGUCCCCGUCCCCCGGUGGGGGGAGGCGUGGCCGGCUUGCGGUUUUGCUGCUCGGCCACGUCCAUCGGCGCCGAGCCCCCUCGCCCUCCCUCCCCCCCCCUCUCUCUCU